AGGCAGCUGGGCGCCUCGCCCCCUCCUCCCGCGCGCAGCGCUGCCGGAGUGUGGAUGGGAGCAAAUGUGGGGAAAGUGCAGUCGGAGGCGCCGGGGCUCCGCUGACAGCACGCAGCCAGGGCGCUCGCUCUGGCCCGCCGGGCUGCCCCCGGUGCACUAUGGCCAGGACCCCGGCGGAGCGCGCAGCCUCCUUGGCCGCCUUCCUCGCCUCCUGCGCCGCCUGCCUCGCGGCCACCACCAGCGAAGUGAACUUGUUGGACACUUCCACCAUUAUUGGCGACUGGGGCUGGCUCACCUACCCUUCCCAUGGGUGGGACUCCAUCAACGAAAUGGAUGAAUUCUUCAACCCCAUCCACACCUACCAAGUCUGCAAUGUCAUGUCCCCCAACCAGAACAACUGGCUGAGGACUAGCUGGGUGCAGCGUCACGGGGCUCACCGGGUGUACGCAGAGAUCCGAUUCACCCUGCGGGACUGCAACAGCAUGCCAGGCGUCCUGGGCACAUGCAAGGAGACCUUCAACCUCUACUACCUCCAGUCGGACCGCGAUCUGGGCAGCACCCCCCGCGAGAGCCAGUUUGUGAAGAUUGACACCAUUGCGGCCGACGAGAGCUUCACCAACGUGGACCUGGGCGUCCGGCGACUCAAGCUCAACACGGAAGUGCGUGGCGUGGGGCCCCUGAGCAAAAGAGGCUUCUACCUGGCCUUCCAGGACAUUGGAGCCUGCAUUGCCAUCGUCUCAGUCCGAGUUUACUACAAGAAGUGCCCAGCCAUGGUGAGGAACUUGGCAUCCUUCUCCGAGGCAGUGACAGGAGCAGACUCCUCGUCCCUUGUGGAGGUGCGGGGCGAGUGCGUGGGGCACUCUGAGGAAAGGGACACCCCGAAAAUGUACUGCAGUGCUGACGGGGAGUGGCUGGUGCCCAUCGGAAAAUGUGUCUGCAGUGCCGGCUAUGAGGAGCAAAGGGAUUCGUGUCUGGCCUGUCAACUGGGUUUCUACAAGUCUUCCCCUGGGGAUCAGCUGUGUGCCACCUGCCCUGCCCACAGCUAUUCCGAGACCCAGGCGGCGCAGGUCUGUCGCUGUGAGAGCAACUUUUACAGAGCAGUGCAGGACCCUCCUUCGGCAGCCUGCACACGUCCUCCCUCUGCCCCCGUGAACCUGCUCUCCAGCGUGAAUGGCACCUCUGUCACCCUCGAGUGGUCCCCGCCUCUGGACAAAGGCGGCCGCAGCGACAUCCUCUACAACGUCCUCUGCCGCCACUGCCUGUGGGAUUCUGGCCAGUGCGAGGCCUGCAGCCCUGGCAUCCGCUUCCUGCCCCAGCCAGUGAACCUGGCCCAGGGAUCCCUGGCUGUCACCAACCUCCUGGCCCACACCAACUACUCCUUCUGGGUGGAGGCCGUCAACGGGGUCUCCGAGCUGACCCUCGAGCCACCGAAAUUUGCUGCCGUCAACAUCACCACAAACCAGGCAGCUCCAUCCCAAGUGCUGGCCGUUCACCAGGAGAACGUGGGCCAAAACAGUGUCACGCUCCUAUGGCAGGAACCGGAUCAGCCCAACGGCAUCAUUCUGGAAUAUGAGAUCAAGUACUAUGAAAAGGACAAAGAAAUGCAGAGCUACUCCACCCUGAAGUCCAAAGGCAACAGCACCACCGUCUCAGGCUUGAAGCCGGCAACCUGCUAUGUCUUCCAGGUCCGAGCCCGCACCUCUGCCGGCUGUGGCAAAUUCAGCCAGGUGGUGGAAGUGGAGACCGCCAAAGCAAUAGCUCCCCAUUACGACACCACAGUGGUUGUAUGGACCUGCCUCACCCUCAUCAGUGGCCUUGUCACAUUGCUGCUCUUUCUGAUCUGCAAGAAGAGACACUGCGGCUACAGCAAGGCAUUCCAGGACUCCGACGAGGAGAAGAUGCAUUAUCAGAACGGACAGGUGAAAUUCCCCGAGUCAAAGUUCUACGUGGAGCCCCACACUUAUGAGGACCCCUGCCAGGCUGUGCAUGAGUUCACGCGAGAAAUCGAAGCCUCCAGGAUUAAAAUCGAGAGAGUCAUUGGGUCUGGAGAGUCAGGAGAGGUGUGUUAUGGCCGUCUGAAGCUACCUGGAAAGAGGGAGGUACCUGUGGCGGUCAAGGCCCUGAAAGCUGGGUACACAGAGAAGCAGCGACGGGACUUUCUGAGUGAAGCAAGCAUCAUGGCCCAGUUUGACCACCCCAAUGUCAUCCACCUGGAGGGGGUGGUCACCAAAAGCAAAUUAGUCAUGAUUGUGACCGAGUACAUGGAGAACGGCUCGCUGGAUUCCUUUCUCCGGAAACAUGACGGGCAAUUUACAGUGCUUCAGCUGGUCGUCAUGCUGAGAGGCAUCGGCGCUGGCAUGCGCUACCUCGCGGACCUGGGCUAUGUGCACCGCGACUUGGCAGCACGCAACAUCUUGGUCAACAGCAACUUGGUCUGCAAAGUCUCUGACUUUGGCCUGUCGCGAAUCCUGGAGAACAACCCCGAGGCUGCUUAUACCACCACGGGUGGGAAAAUCCCCGUUCGGUGGACAGCGCCAGAAGCCAUCACGUACCGGAAGUUCUCAUCAGCCAGUGAUGUGUGGAGCUACGGCAUUGUCAUGUGGGAAGUGCUGGCCUAUGGGGAGCGGCCUUACUGGAACAUGACCAACCGGGACGUCAUUCAGUCGGUGGAGGAGGGUUACCGGCUGCCCGCCCCCAUGGGUUGCCCCACAGCCCUGCAUCAACUCAUGUUGGAUUGCUGGCAGAAAGAUCGGAAUGAGAGGCCACGUUUUCCCCAGAUUGUCAGCAUCCUGGACAAGCUCAUCCGCAGCCCACAGAACCUCAAGUGCACGGCUACAGUCAACAGAUUCACCCAAACCAUCUCGGAACGAGGCUGCAUCGAUUUCACCAGCUGUGCAACUGUGGAAGACUGGCUGGACUCCAUCCGGCUGGGGCGAUACCAAGAGAACUUUGCUCUGGCCGGCUACUCUUCCCUUGGCAUGGUGAUGCGGAUGAACAUCGAUGAUGUGCAGAGUUUGGGCAUCAGCCUCGUGGGUCACCAGAGGAAGAUCCUGACCAGCAUCCAGAUCAUGAGGUCUCAGCUGCUCAACACCAUGGGCUCCAGAAGACACCUGUGAUGGACCCUCUAUAGACCCAGAAGCUUCUUCACCUGUGUUGGUGGCUAAGCACCUGCCAAGGAGAAAUUCCUCUAAAGGUUGUGUGGUAGGAUGGUUGGUUAGACGUAGGAUUCUGGGCUGCACACAGAAUGAUCUGCCACUCUCAGCAGAAGGCCUGUUCCCCCUGGAGAUGGAGGGCUGGGGCUUGCAUUGCACAAUUCAUCACUAGGGUGGACUUCAUAUGCACUGCAGUUCCCAUAUCUUGGACUUUGCUUGCAGAGGACCAAGGACUAGCACUUCUGCUGUGUGUGAUGGUCCUGACCAUUCUUCAUGAGCAGAGAUGGAGGACUAUCAAGGGACUUUAAGCCUUAUCCUGCCAUCCCAUUGCAAUAAGCUCUGGCAGGCACCCUAAGCUGCCCUUUAUUGGGAUGGAAGAGAAUGGGCUUUCACGGAACACCUCACCAAAGCCAGGACAGGCAGAGAAGAUACAUUCUGGGUCCUCACCUGCGCCUUGGAAUCUGAGAUGAUCCUUUCGGAAGUGGAGGAUGUUGCCUGCCGGGGAGGAAAAAGCCACACUUUGAAUCUACCAGCAGUUCACACCCACAAGCCUGAAGCUUGGGCUGGGGGCCCAGCACUUGGGGCCACAAACUCAGGUUUCCCACAUUCCAGCUCACCCAGCCAGAGACUAACCUGAUGUGGCCCAGUUCCUCUUCUGGGUCUGGGGAGAGACUAUCGCUGUUCUUCCAUUGCUGCUAAAAGAAAGACCUUCAUCUAUUUGAUCUCUCUA